AAAUUGCAUAAUACUUAUAUUAUAAAAAGUUCUAAAAAUGUUUACCUCGCAAGUCCGUUCUACACGCCGUCACUCUCGCUUUACCUUAGUACAUAUGCUGUUCUUACUGGCAAUAUGCACCUACUCCAUAGCCAGUGUGCCAAGGUUCACGCACGCUAUUGAAUCACUUGAGGCAGAGUCAUCGGUUGCCAGCAAUUCGGCGGAGGAUUUGGAGGAGAGUUUCGUUGCUGACACGCUGCUAGCGAAGGACACGGUAUUGAAGAAGAAUCCGGCGAAUAUCGGCAAUAAAUUGAAGGAGCUGUGGGAGCAAAUACCUGAGCACACGUUGAAUGCGGUGGACAUAAAGAAGUGAAGGUGUUGUAAAGUACUAAGUGAUAACUUCAGUUGGCUGGCUGUUAUGUGAAAAGGGGUGGAAAUGCGGUGAGGCGAUUUAUACACUCAAAAAAUUAUGCAAAAUGCUGCCGUGUGCAUAUUAGUUAAAUAUUUAUGAAUAAAGUUUCAGAAAAUUUGUCAGGCGUCGAUCUAUAAACUAUAAAUUAAUGAGAUUGAAAACCAAAUAUCGAUAAAUACCAACGAACUAAGUUACGAAAAUUGAUAUUAAAUGUUGACAUGAUUUAUUUUUGAUCACUUUUAUAUAGUGGAAUAUUUAAAAACUUCAAAAUGUAUUUUAAA